AUGGCGAGCUUCGUCAUACUAAUUAUAAGUUUAACUGGUGUAAUGUCGAUACAAUUGCAGCAGGGCGAAACGAUUCAAGAGAACAACAUAGAUAAUUCGUUGAACCAGUGUUUAGGUGAUGAAAGGGGUUCAUCGGUCGGUGUUUGUUUUGGGAAGGAAUUAUUAACGAAGCUAAAUAACUACGAGGAAACUGAUUCUUUUAGUUUAGCGAACGGGAUUUCAUUUAUCCGCGAUGAGAAGACUCCACGAGACAUUGGUGCCUUUCUUGACAAAGAUCCAAUGGAUUUCCGGUCAAUAAUGGAAGACGCCAGCAGUUUAAUAUCCAAGCGAUCAUUACAUUGGGAUAUGGGUAUGGUGUAUCCAGGAUUAGUAAUGAGAAUUGGACCUACAUUAGCGAAUGGAGUUCUGGAAUUUGUAAUUGAUCCGAGAAAUAAAGAUAGGGCUUAUCAAGGACAAGGGGAAGUUACUACAGGUCGGCUAUUGGCGCGAAAUCUUCUAGUACCAUUCCUGCUUGGAAUAAAAUUUCAUAUAUCUACAUUGCUACCACUUCUGUUGGGUUUAGUUUUAUUAGCGAGUAAAAAGGCUUUCUUGUUAGCCAAGGUGGCGCUACUUGCAGUGACUUUGUUUAGUGGCGCUGGUACAGGUUAUGGUGGAAGUUACUUUGGGGGCCUUAACAAUUUUGCUGGGCCAACCUUAUCUUCAUACGUCACAUCACAUGAAAAUAUCGGUCAUUAUCAUCCCGCUGCUCCAUCUGGAGGAUACUACAGACAUCCUCACCAUUCGGAAUAUUUUUACAAAGAGCAUGAUGACUCCACAACUGGAUCUCCAAUAACACCAGACGAGCUUCGGGAUAGAUUGGAAAGAUUAUUUGUAACGAAAAAAGAUGAUCAGGACAAAAUGCGAAAUGGCCGGAAGUUUUCAUGGACCCCAAUAAAUGGGGGUUAG